AUGGUGGAAGGUGUCCCUGCCUAUGGCAUGGGUGGCACUGGCCAUGACCUGCACUGGAAGUUCACCCCAGAUCUUCUGCAGCCACCAGAGGAACAGCAGGAGGAAAUGGCUGCAACUGGCCCUGGGAUCAGCCUUCCUCCCUGCAAGACCCACAGACUGGCAGAGAUUGCUGAGCUGAUCACCUCUGCUCUCUCCUCAGCCAGCUGCAGGGAAAGGCUGGUGCUGGCCUUGAAGAAGGAAAGCCUCAUUUCCAAACUCUUACAGCUUUUCCAGAUCUGCAAGGGGUUACAGCUCAGACGGGGCUUGCAGCAUUUGUCAGCCAUUAUACAAGGAAUUCUGUGUCUCAACCAAGCAGCUCUGCUGGAGGUGAUGCUGUCCCAGGAGUGUAUCAUGGAUGUGGUCAGAUCCCUCGACUAUGGCCCCUCUCUGGCACAGCCCAAAUGGCACCAGCAGCUCCUGCAGCAAACAACCCAGCUGAAGGAGCUUCUUCCCAUCCGAGACCCUGAGCUCCAGCAAAAAUUCCACCAGGUGUUCUGGGCACAGGAUAUUCAGGCUGUCAUCUUGGCCAAGGCAAGCUGGGCUGGGAGAGGGUUCUCUGCCCAGCCUCACCUCCUUCAUCAGCUGCAGGAAUGA